AUGUCCGCCAACGGCUCCACGGGGUCCAAUGGAGUAUCCGGGCGGAGACGAAGCCAAAGGGCUUGUGACAUGUGCUAUCGAAAAAAGACCAAAUGCGAGGUUGAUGGGCCUCAUAUGGUUUGUAUACAAUGUACUCGUCGUAAGACCAAGUGUGAAUUUCCUUCGCAGCAGCCACAGCCGCUGCCGCUGCCACAAGAGAAGAAAGAUGAGUCACAAAGCAGUGAUCAAUAUGUUGAUUCUUUGAAAGAUCGGUUGAAUAAGGUCGAAUCCUUGCUAUUGGCGGCUGGUAUCUUGCAAGAAAGCGAUGUCGGCCAAGAUGACCUUUCGGAGGAUGAGGAUGAUGAUGAAGAGGAGUCUGAGGAGGAUCAUGAGUACGAGCAUGAAAAUUGGAGAAAGAGUGAUCGUCCUAUCUCGUCAGGUCAAGUAUCAGAUCUCUCCGAUGUCUCAGAGAUUGCGCGUUAUGCCGGUGGAGGCGACUUCGCAAUCACUCCCCUCUUUAAAAACCACGAAAAUGAUGACUCCCGAUAUUUCGGACGCUCCUGUUCACUCUCCAUCUUAUCACGGGGUGGGAUCGAUUGGAUUAAGAAAAAAACCGGUGACACCAACUUCAUGAGCAUUGUGUCUACUGAUUCAACUCAUGAUGACCCAUGGGGUGAUUGGCGUCCAGAUGUUUUCCAUGAUCUGUUUGCCUCUCAAGUCUACAAACCGCUUCCACCGAGGUCCGAGGUUUUUUCUCUGAUCAAAGACUAUUUCCGAACCGCGAAUCGCCUUUUUCCAAUUUAUCACGAAGCUUCGUUCAUGAAGAUGGUGGAGUGGCAGUAUACACAGCAGACAUGCGAUGAUGCAGCUCGAUGGGCCAGUAUCAACAUAGUGAUAUGUUUGGCUUAUGAAUACCGAUUUUCCAACAGCCUGAAACCAGAAAAGGAUCGCGAAAAGGCUCAAUUAUAUUUCAAAAAUGCCAUGUCCGUUUUUACAGAGCUAGCAUUGCGACGGACUGACCUAUUAAGUGUGCAAGCUUUGAUUAGUAUGGGAUUCUAUCUUCGGGGCAAUGCUGGUACCCAGUCUGCACUUCCAUUCAUGACUGCUGCCAUGAGGUCUUGCCAGAGGAUGGGACUCCAUCGCAAUAUAGAAAGACCGGAUCUGAGCCCAGCGCAACAAGAGCAAAGACGACGUGUAUUUUGGGUGGCAUUUACAGUUGACCAGAGUACGUGUUUGAGGGCUGGGAAUGCGCCAUCCCAACACCCCGAUGACUUUGAUGUCCCUCUGCCACAACUCACGGAGGAUGACGAUGACCCCGAAGUGGCUCCAAAUAUUCACUUUUUCCGCCAGCUUUGUCGCAUGUGUGUUAUCAAAAGUCGCAUCUUCUGCCGGCUGUACGCCGCGAAAUGUUUGUUCAAGGACCCUCGUGAAAUCUUCGAAACCGUCAAAGAGCUUAGUGCCGAACUUGAUGCAUGGAAAAAGGACUAUCCUUUCACCGAGGUACCAAAGCUGAAGGGUGCCGAAACUGAUUUCUUAUUUGGGUUUGCUUCUGUUGGCCUCCAUUUUGUCUACUAUAAUGCCCUGAUCAUGAUUCAUCGGAUACCCCUCCUUCUCAAUUACUUAAUAACAGCUCGCGAGGAAGAACCAGACGAGUUGAAGGCUCUCAGCAAAUCAAUUGCUUCCAAAUCAGCUAUCAUCUGUGUAGAAGCUGCACGAGAUACACUGAAACUCGUGAAAAACAUGCCCUGGGGGGAUAUUGCGUGGCUCUGGUCGCUAUUAUACUAUGUAUUCCUUUCAGCAGCAACCAUCUUCUCCAGCAUUAUCCGAGAUACUCGCAGUCCCGAUGUGAAAGAAGAUCUUCAGUCCCUCAAUAUGGCAGCGACGUUUUUUGCGACCCUUAUAUCCGGUGAUGGACCGGCGAACUAUGCAGGUUUCAUGGCUCGCAUGAGUGUCACAUUGGAACGCAUCGCAAGAAUCGCUGUUGAUAGAGAGGAGAAACAUGCUCGAAGCUUCGAUGAAGAUGAGGAGGAUGACGAGGACCUACCCUCAGAGCCAAAGAGACACAACACUCGGCCCGUCUCAGAAUCACCUGCGAUAAUGCGCCAUCGAACUCCACACAAUCGCUCGUCUAGAAAUACCCGACCAGGCGGAAAUCGACUCCAAGCGAAUAUACCGUCUGUUCCAGACCCAUCCAACGCCACCCACUCGAACAUGCCAGGCCUCAGCAUCCCCGAAGCAAUCGAAGGCUUUCCUCAAGUCAAUUCAUCCGGAUACGUUGUCCCCUUGGGCUUAAGCGAUACCAACAACUUCUUUGAACCCAUGGACACUCACCAACAACCCACCUACCACCCAAGCCUUGGACUAAGCCAGCCAAACGUACCAACUACCGACCAGACAUUUGCCGCAAACAACUACCCAUCUUGGCAGUUAGCAGAAGACCACACCAGCGCAACAACAACAUCCCCACUCGACAAUAUCCAAAGUCCCUACUCGCAAGUCAGCAACCACGGCACUGGAACCAUGAUCCCAGAAUCAUGGCAAGUCCCGCUAACGGCCGACUGGCAAUUCGGCGAAAAUCUAUGGGCAGGCCUCUUCCGCUCCGAGACAUUAGGAAAUUCUGUGCAGAACUCUGCCAUGCCUAUUCUAAACGCGGAAUCAUUUCUCAACAACGGUGGCCCAGAUUCAGGGCAGAAUCAUCAGAACUUCGGGAAUGACCCGACUGGUUUCAUGGACUACGGGUCUCAGAACAUGGGCUAUGGUUCUUUGCCCAUGGCACCGCAGGGUCAAGGUCAAGGCCAAGAACAGGACCAGAAUCCGAAUAAUCCCCAGUCUGGUUUCCCGAAUAGGUUUAUGGGUAGUAUGUUCUAG